AUAUACAUUCCGUGAGUAGGAGAGGAACAAUAAGGAGCCCAUGAUGCAGCAUGUAGAAUUCUGAAAGAUAUCAAUUGCGACAGAGUUCAGAGGUCUCCGAACACCACAUGUGACUUGUUUUCUUUGAUCACUCUCCCCACCAUCUCGCCUCAGAGAGCCAUACUUACAUUUUAUUCGUCUUUCUUCUUGUACUCACCUAACUUCUGGAGUUUGGCUUCCAUGACUAAAUUUCUAGUGAUUUACUAAAGAUUCAGCUUAUCUUUUUUUGAAAAGUUGGUUUCAGCCAAGAAAUUUGUUGCUAAGUCUGAUCUUUAAUCUCCACUUCAAGUUCAUUGAUUUUUUAUCCUUCUGGGAAAAGAAACUGAAACCUUUUCAGGAUUUGGGGGCUGACGGUAUUCCAAUUUUCACUUAGAUAUUGUUCCUUCCCUUCAAAAAUAUUAACCAUAUGAUCUUUUUGCAAAUAUGCCAAUUAUUAGGCCUCCUCCUUAGUUCUAUAACAAUGGAGGCAGUCUAUUUUCUAGAUUUUAGUACAUUAAUCCUUUGCCUUUUUAUCUAGUUCUUGAGACGCGGAACACAUUCGCCUCUCUGUUCUUAAUCUCUUUGAUCUUGUUCAUAAUUCCAAUAUUUAUUUUAAUUCCAACCAUAUUGAUAUUUCCUUGACACAGCUUCUACUCUUUCAUCCGUUUAACAUGUGGGAGACCAAGAGCAACUCCCAAAGUGGCAGGAGAGAGUACUACAAUUACUCCUUCAAUCUGGAUGAGCAUGAUGGCCUCAAUGAUAAUGGAUUUAUAUGCAGAGACAACUCUUGGUAUGUCCCCAACAAUGUCCCAAGUGAUCUGCUUGUCAAAGUGGGAAGUCAUAGUUUCCAUUUACACAAGUGUCCUCUGAGCUCAAGAAGUGGAAAGAUGAACCGAAUUGUUAACGAAUCACCCCAAGACUUGGAACCAAACUUCAUAAAUUUGGAUGAUCUCCCUGGUGGCCCGGAGGCAUUUGAAUUGGCAGCCAGGUUCUGCUAUGGCAUAGCAGUUGACCUGACUGCUUUGAACAUCGCCGGCCUACGCUGCGCAGCUGAGUACUUGGAGAUGACAGAGGACUUGGAAGAGGGAAAUCUAAUAUUCAAAACGGAAGCUUUCCUCAGCUAUGUGGUCUUGUCCUCCUGGAGGGACUCAAUUGUAGUCCUGAAGAGCUGUGAGGACCUGUCCCCAUGGGCUGAGAACCUCCAGAUUGUGCGGCGCUGCAGCGAGUCGAUUGCCUGGAAGGCCUGUUCAACUGCAAAGGGAACCAAGUUGGCAUACACCGGAAUGUCCCCAAAGACCGGUAGCCCGAAAUGGAACAGUAAGUCUAAAGAAGGAAGCUCAAGCAAACACCAGCAAGUACCACCAGAUUGGUGGUUCGAAGAUGUAUCGACACUCAGAAUUGAUCACUUUGUAAGAGUUGUUACUGCCAUCAAAGUGAAAGGGAUGAGGUUUGAACUGAUCGGCGCAACAAUUAUACACUAUGCCUUAAAAUGGCUCCCUGGUCUAGUGAGUGAAGCCACACAUAGUUAUGACAACACUUGGAACCAAGGGGGAAGGAACAUGAUUGUAGUAAGUAAUUCUAGCAAGGAGGAGUUAUCAGGCACACAGGUCCGAAAGCGGCGUACGGUUGUCGAGAGCCUGAUCACCAUAAUUCCACAUAUCAAGGACUGCGUCCCAUGUAGCUUCCUCCUCCAACUCCUAAGAUUGGCCAACAUGCUAAGGGUGGCGCAUGCAUUGAUCAUGGAUCUGGAGAAGCGCAUUGGAAUGCAAUUGGAGCAGGCCAGUCUGGCAGAUCUUCUGAUCCCUUCUUACGGUAAGUGUGAGACAUUUUAUGAUGUUGAAUUAGUUCAAAGACUGGUGGAACAUUUCAUGGUUCAGGAGCAGACGGAACCUUCAAGCCCAGAAAGGGAGUCAUUAUCUGAUAAACAUAGACAAAGUGGACCCAGUGCUGAGGCGAGAGUAGCUUGGCUCUUGGAUGGAUAUCUCAGCGAGGUGUCGAGGGACCAAAAUCUACCACCCACAAAAUUUCAAGACCUAGCAGAAGCAUUGCCAGAACCAGCAAGAAGCAGUCACGAUGGAUUAUAUCGAGCAAUUGAUUCUUAUCUUAAGGCACAUCCAAGACUCUCCGAGCAUGAACGCAAGCGGCUCUGCCGACUGAUGGACUGCCGGAAGCUCUCAGUUGAUGCCCGCAUGCACGCUGCCCAGAAUGACCGCCUCCCCCUUCGUUUCGUAGUCCAAAUUCUCUUCUCUGAACAGGUCAAGAUAAGCAAUGCCAUCACCAACUUUUCACUCGAAGGAGGAAGAGAGCCCAUGCAUUACAAGCCCAUGAUUCCCACUCGAAAGCAGCUACUGGAAGGGACUCCCCAGUGCUUCCAGGAGGGGUGGGCAGCAGCAACGAAAGACAUUAGCACACUUGAAUUUGAGCUGGAGGACAUGAAGGCCAAGUACACAGAGCUCCAAAGGGAUAUGGAUAGCCUGCAGAGUAUGUUCGAGAAGAUGACAUCGUUGUCAUCGAAAACUAUAAAGCACCAGUCGUCAAGCUGGACUAGUAGGUGGAAAAAACUGAGCAAGCUGACAAGAAUAACAGGCAUGGAGGACAAUGAGAUGGAGGCUCCAGUGGAAGCGAGAAAGGAAGCAAGGAGGAGGAGGUAUUCAGUCUCCUGAGUUGGUAAUCUGAGAAUGGAAAAGAGAAUACAUUAGGUUGUUGGUGUAGAACCCGUGCUUGAUAUUUUUAUGGGUGCCUGUUUUCUGUCCCUGAAUGCUAAUAACAACCACCACCAAAUAAAUAAGUAAAUAAAUAAAUAAUUUUUAUAGAAACAACUGUGUAGGUCAAUAUGUUGGAACAGGUAUUGUCAGGGCUCUUUUAAUAGCCAGAUGCAGGAGAGAGUAUUGCCAUUUGAGGCUACAUAAUAAAUUUGUAUCUUAGCUUGC